AUGCAGAAAGACCUAGGGUUUGUCGGACGGGACUAUGCGUGGACAGCCUCUAUUGCCGCUCUGGAUAUGUUAGGCAUACUGGUAUCUGGUCUUAUCGUGACAUGGGGCGCACUGUUCCUGUGUUUGGCUGCUGCGAAGAACUUUGCCACAAUAUUUGCAAUCAAGUUCAUCCUCGGGCUCCCGGAAGCUGGUAUUGGUCCGGCCUGGGUCAUCCUCACUAACAUGUUUUGGACUCGCGAUGAGCAACCUCUCUGGAUGUGCUUUUGGAUGGGUAGCGACGGUCUCGCGCAGCUGAUCGGCGCAGGCAUAUCUACAGGUCUCGAUCGCGUUGAGAAGGCCACGAUCCGACCCUGA